GAAGAUAAAGAAAAGAAAAAAGGAAAAAUAAAUCCCUAUUACGGGGACAGUCAGAAAAAGUACUAGCGGGUUUUCCGGUGCAAGGAAGAAUAGGGAAAAGCUGACCCCAUGCCACGUGGGGGGACAGGGAACGUACGAUGGACAUGCAACGGCGGAGAUUCAAACCUUUAGUUGAUUAGAUUCAUUGAAACUGGAAGAGAACUGUAGAGAAGUGCCCUGUGAGUAAAUUUUCUUGCAUCUUUGCCUUUCUGUUCUCUCUCUCACUUACAUUACUCAACAAAAACCGGAGAUUUAUAACAAGGUUUUUUAGACAGAGAUAGAAAGAGAAAGAAAUGGUUUUUGUCAUAAAUGAGGUGAGAGGGUAGCAGAGAGCGCGGUGCAGUUCUCAUGGCGGCGUUGCAGGCGCUCUAAUUCCGAGCCAUUAUUGCUCGGAAUUGAAGGGGGAGAGAGACAAUUGGGGGGAUAACUUGAGGAAGCCAUCCUUAUUUUUGUUCGGUUUAUCCUAUAAAAAGAAAAUCUUAAUCUAAAAGGUUUUUAACCUCAAAAGGUGAAAGCCCAAAGAUCAGAGAAGAAGAACCGGCUAUUCUACUUAAAUUCUAGUCAUACAGGGUGAGGGGUCGGGGGGUCGAUCAGGGUUCAGACAUAGCGGAAACAACAAAGAUCGGGUCAAAACAAAUCCCCCCCAACAAACACUCGUAGACUACCACUGGUCUUUAAAAACCCACCAGAAAAAGCUUCCACAGUUGAAACCCAUAAAGACCCCGGGGAAAAUCCAACCAGCUCAUCACACUAGUGAUCUGGGGGUGGGGAGGAGGUACUAAAUAGGGUGUUUCUGCUAUGGAUUUUUGGUCCCAAUUGAGGUUGGUUUCUGCUUUUGGGUGUAACAGAUGGCUGGCUUCUUCUAUCUAGGUGGACGAGAAGGAGCAGCAGUAAACAAACAAGGAGAAGAUAAAGAAGAGAACCUGUAUUUGUACAGAAACGAGGAGAUCUACAACAAAGGGUUUGAGAUAUGGCCACAGUAUUAUUAUCAACAACAGCAAAACGUGAACAACUACUCGUUUGGAGCGGGUCCUAGUCGAAGAACUAGUGGGUUUAACCUCUCUGAUGAGUCGUCUUCGAGAUCAGCAGGUUUUACGGUUAUGAGACAAGGAGGCAUGAACUGUCAAGAUUGUGGAAACCAAGCUAAGAAAGAUUGUGCACAUUUGAGAUGCAGAACUUGUUGCAAAAGCCGAGGGUUUCAGUGCCGAACUCACGUUAAGAGUACUUGGGUUCCUGCUGCUAAAAGGCGAGAGAGGCAACAACAACUCGCAGCUUUGCAACAAACACAGCAGCAGCAAAAUCAACAAGAACACCAACAACAGUUUCGAGGAGAGAAUCCAAAAAGGCAGAGAGAGAAUCAAGGUGCUCCCUCUCUUGCCUGCACUCGUUUAUCCCCUACUACGUCAGGGUUGGAACUGGGUCAAUUCCCUCCUGAAGGCAUGUAUUCAAAGGAAUUCUCUACGAUCAAGGCCCAGAAAGUCGUUACACAAGUGGUGGUGAGACCUCUCAGCAACUCAAUCUCAUCACAGCAGCAGCUACCACUGGUGCAGCUGCUACAACGACCACCGCUGUUACUUCGAGCAAUCCAGGAACAAGUAUGCUUGACCCUUCUCUUUAUCCAGCUCCACUUAACGCUUUCAUUGCUGGUACGCAAUUCUUCCCACCUCCGAGGUCUUGAUUUACAGGCCUGUCUCCAAAUGUUCCACUCUCUCUAUAGGAGGAGACCCUUCCUUUUUAACAAAAACUUUCUUUUGUCCGAAACGACUCUUGAUUGUUGGUCUCUAGCUCUCAUUGUCAUUUGUGGUCCUUUUUUACUCUAGUAUUGUUAAAUGUUAACACCCACCGAAGUAGACAGCAUAGAAUUUGAAUGAGAAUAGAAACUGAGAAUGCAUAUGAUAUUGGGGGAUGUUGGUUUUAGUUUUCGAAUUUCAAUUCAGAUUUCCAUGGUUGUUUUUUUAUCCGAUCGAUGAGUAAAAGCAGUCCUUUGUUUUUUUUUUUUUUCGAUUUGAGUGUACUUAGUAUAGCAUGUGGAUGAGUGCUUUUUUGGGUGUGAAUUAUUUUUUGGUUUCAUAUUGGAUUUCUUUAUGGAUUUUUAAAACAUUUUUUCUUCUUUUUGUGCAUUUGAUUGAUCUUGAAUCUGCUUUGGUGUUGAGGACUUCGCUUUUUCCCAUUUAUCCGUUUGCUUGGCAGAUGGAAAUGGGACGAGAAAAUUAGGUUUCGUGUUCGGCUAAGCAAAGAAUUUUAGAACCCUUUUCUCCUUUAAAUUUUUAACUCUCUCUAAGGAAUUCCUGAAGAAAGAGAGAGAAAAAAGGGAAGCGCAUGAAACAGCUUUACAAAUCUUUCAUGCAUUGGCAAAUGAAAACCUGGCAAUGAAUUCCAAAAAG